AUGACCAAUACGCCCGACCCCGAAAUCUCAGUGCCUGAAGAAGAAACGCCAGCUCAGCGUCAAGCGCGGAUUCGAAGACAGAAACGAGAGGCCAAGGUCAGCAGCAAUGCCACUGAACGUCUCGACAAGAUCACGCGGUUGAGCGGGCGUACUCCAGAGAGCAUGCGCAGAGAGUCUCCUGUCCCGACCCCACCUCGAACGAUCACACCUUCGCCGCUCCCGUCGAACGAGAUUCCUGAUCCCGAACAGAUACGUUUACAGCAAGAAUAUCUAAGAUCAAUGCUGAGGCAACCACUACCCGACGGGUCAGAAAACCAGACGCAACAGGAAGAGGAUCCCUUGAUGAAGAUGAUGCAGGCCAUGAUGGGAGGUAUGGGAGGCGACCCAAACAAUCCCAACAUUUCUGCGGGCGGUUUGGGACUGGGAGCCGGACUAUCUGCCGGAGAUCUGUCCAAGGCUACUGGACUCCCGCCAUUUAUAGCAGACAAGUUGUUUGGAGGACCAAAGGCGGUGCCCAGCAAAGCCGAGAUACAAGCGACGAGGUUCUGGAAAAUGGUCCAUGUGAUUUUCGCCGUGAUGGUAGGCCUUUAUCUGGUGUCGAGCCUUCGUAAAUCAACACUAGCGUUUGGCGAAAACCCGCCGGCUCCGGCAACCUUCCAGAAUCCGUUCAUCAUGUUCGCGACUGGCGAACUGCUCCUUCAGACCACCAAGGUGGCGUCCAAAGGUCAUUCGGGUAGAAGCGGGUUUGGGUUGUGGAUACAGGUAAUUAGAGACAUCCUCGGCGACGGGGCGAUACUUGUGUUUCUCAUGGGAGCCGCAACAGCUCUGAAGAUACUGUGA